AUGUGCUACAUUAAUGAAUGGCCAAAAAGGUUUCUGAAAACAUUUAUUCAACAGUACAGUGAUUAUCAGGUGAAUCUACUGAUUGACAAUGAAGCAGAGAAGGAUUACCUUUACGAUGUGCUGCGGCUCUACCACCAAUCUAUGAAUCUCCCAGUGCUUGUGGGGGACCUAAAACUCGUUAUUAAUGAACCAAGCAGAUUGCCUCUAUUUGAUGCUAUCCGCCCACUUAUUCCAUUAAAACACCAGGUGGAAUAUGAUCAGCUUACACCCAAAAGAUCACGAAAGCUGAAAGAGGUGAGGUUGGAUCGUUUGCAUCCUGAAGGACUUGGAUUAAGUGUGAGAGGUGGUGUGGAAUUUAGUUGUGGCCUCUUCAUCUCCCAGUUAGUUAAAGGAGGACAGGCAGACAAUGUUGGGCUUCAGGUUGGAGAUGAGAUAGUUCGUAUAAAUGGAUAUUCCAUUUCAUCAUGCACCCACGAAGAAGUCAUAAACCUCAUUCGUACAAAGAAAAUAGUGUCCAUAAAAGUAAGACAUGUUGGCAUGAUACCCGUCAAAAGUUCAGCAGAUGAACCCCUUAAAUGGCAAUAUGUGGACCAGUUUGUGUCAGAAUGUGGGGGCAGUGUUGCUGGUCUUGCUUCUUCUGGAGGGAGGGACAAUAAAGAGAAGAAAGUCUUCAUUAGUUUGAUUGGUACAAAAGGCAUGGGAUGCAGUAUUUCCAGUGGUCCAACGCAAAAACCAGGCAUUUUUAUCAGCAAUGUUAAGCCGGGUUCUCUUUCAGCAGAGGUGGGCUUAGAGGUUGGUGAUCAGAUUGUUGAGGUAAACGGAGUGGACUUUUCUAAUGUGGAUCAUAAAGAGGCUGUCAGAGUGCUCAAAAGUAGUCGUACUUUGACUAUCUCUGUGGUAGCAGGUGCUGGAAAGGAGCUGUUCAUGACUGAAGAAGAAAGGCAGAGGGAAGCACGUCUCCGUGAGCAAGAACGUCAGGAGUUAAUGCAUCAGAAGCGACUUGCGCUGGAGACAAACAAAAUCAUCAAAGAGCAGCAAGAGAAAGAGAGAUUAAGAAAACUGGAGAUUUCCCAGAAGACUGCAGAGGAAGAUGAAAGAUAUCGCAGAGAAAUAGAGCAGAUAACAGCAGAGGAAGAGAAAUUUAAAAAGGAGUGGGAAGAAGACUGGGGUCCUAAAGAACCUCCCAAAUCUCUAAAAACUGUAACUGCAGAAGUGCACUCUGCCCCCAAACACAAAACUUUUGGAUGGUUUUAUCGGUAUGAAGGAAAAUUUCCCACAAUCCGCAAGAAAAGGAAAGAGAGAAAGAAGUCAAAGAGUGACAGUCUGUGUGAACAGAAGAAGAAUAAAAAGGAAAUGGAGUUUGAGCAAAAACUUGCCAAAGAGAAAGAAGGAAUGUUGGAGAAAGAAAAACAACUGAAAAUAAAUCGUCUUGUGCAAGAGGUAUCUGAGACAGAACGAGAAGACCUGGAAGAAUCAGAAAAGGUGCAGCACUGGGUGGAAAGACUUUGUCAGACACGGUUAGAACAGAUUUCCUCUGUGGAGAAUGAAUCUCCUGAGUUGGCAAGUGGACGUCCUUCCGCUUCUCCUUCUGCCACAUCCAUGCGGCGUUUUGCCGGUGGCCUGCAGCUUCAUACCACAGAUCUUGAUGAUAUAAACUUAGAUGAAGUUGACAAGCCUAAACCACAUGUGGCACUGCCUCCUCCACCAGCACCCACUGUCACUCCGGCAUCAUCAGCUCAUCCACUUCCUACACCAAAUGUUCCACUUUCAAGAGGUCCAGCCCUUGCAGUAACACCAGCUUCCCAGCAACUUGCUCCAAGUCCACCAACCCAACGACAUCCAGGGGUACCAAUAGUCUCUAAACCAGUCAUGCUGCAUCCUGACCCAAACUUUAUGGUCAGGCCAACAAUCAAAUCAGAGGCCCUGCCACACGAGAUGUUUAAAAGGAUGGUGGUUUACAAUUCAUCAUUUAGAUCUAACAAAAAACAAGGCUUCCAGAAAUAUUUGGAAGAUUUUGAUCCAUCUUCAAUGUUUACCCCUGAGCAGAUUAUGGGAAAAGAUGUACGACUACUACGAAUUAAAAGGGAAGGAUCAUUAGACCUUGCAGUUGAGGGAGGAAUUGAUUCUCCCAUUGGAAAGAUAGUUGUGUCUGCCAUCUAUGAAGGGGGUGCUGCAGACAAACAUGGAGGCAUAGUGAAGGGGGAUGAAAUACUAGCUGUAAACGGCAAGAUAUUAAUUGACAGCAGGCUGGCAGAAGCACAGGCAACUCUAGCAAAAGCUUGGAACAUGGGUGGGGAUUGGAUUGACUUAGUCAUUGCCGUAUCACCUCCAAAAGAAUAUGAUGAUGAAAUCCCUACUAUUCCCUCAUCAACAGUCAGUCCCAACACACACAGAAAGGUUUUUGAAGGCAGUGCACCUGUGUACAGACAAGGGUAUCUCCUGCAGCUGUAG